UUGUUUGCUGCUGGUUCUGUUGCCUAUCAGCACUAUUAUUAAGAGCUGCUAUUUGCCAUUUGUUCUUUCCUGCCCUCUCUGCAAUAACUUCCUCUCGUUGCCUUUCUUCUACCCAAGAGCUGGACAUCUGUCUUCCUCCUCGUUAGGACAGACACACUCGGAGCUCUUCAGUUCUCUGUGCUUGGCUGAAAGCUCUGGGGUGUUCGCUGGGCUUUUCCUUUCCUCCCAUCCGCAGCCCUGGGCUGGCCAGAUGUGCGGAUGGGCUGGGAAUCCAGCUGUGCCUCAGGGGAUGGCUGGGAGCGGAAUUCCGAGAACUCGGUGAAGGGAGAUGCUAAUGGGAAAACAUCGGUUCCCAAAGCGAGCUAAAAGAGUUACUUAUUUACCCGUGAAGUGACGAGGAAAGCGUCUUUUAUUUGUACGUCUCAGGUAUUUGGUGUUGAAUUUGAUAAAAUGCCAGUAGCUGCUGAGGAUGUUCCUUGGGGCAAGUUGUCCCCCUGCUGUGUUAAUCAGCGGUGGAAGAUCAUUGAUUUAUAAACUGUGUAAACCAACUGUGGUUCUAGUUCUGGAAAUAAGUAUUUUGAGGAAAUCAUUAAAAGGUAUGGCUUACAAAGUGAUUGAUGCCUUUGCUACUCAGAACGGUAGAUUUACAAUGUAAAGAAAAAAGAAUCCAUACUUGAACUCUGCCAGUUUUGCAAGACGCUCAGUGUUUGUCAUUGAUUUGUUUGUCAUUCAUUUGUUUGUCAUUCAUUUGUUUGUCUGUUUGUUUUCACGCCUUACGCUGAAUAUUCCUUGAGGAUCGUUUGAAAGUGCUUGAAAAGCUUUUGAAUUUCGCACUACAAUUUUCAGUGUUACCGUAGUUUAAACAAGCUUUGCUUUGGAGAAGCAUUCAGCCAGAGCCGCCUUGUUCUUGCCUCCCAGGAGCAUUGAUCUGGAGGUAAUACCUUAUUGCUGGAGAAAUAAACAUUUAGCAUCACACGCCGAAUCCCACACGCGUCUCAACCGCGCUCAGCCCUGCGCGUACUUGUCUUGCUAUAAAAGGCAUCUUGUGUUGGCUUGUUCAGCAUUAAACUAAGACCUUUUCAUGCCAGUUUUAGGGGCUGCAAAAGUUUCAGGAAUAAUAAUGAGAAGCAGUUUGCGGCAUCUGAUUUUUAGCUUUUACAGAGAUAUAAUCUGCAAGUUGUCACGGUUCUAAUGUGGUUUUUAUUGGGAGCGGAGGUGCCAAACAACCACUUGUAUUGAAGCACAAAAUGUCUCGAAUUAGAUACCCAGAGUCCCUUGAAAUGCUGAUUUGUGCUCCCCAAGCAGAGACCAGCAGGUACGGGAAGGGGAGAUGCUGAUGUGCAAGGUCUGUGCCAGUUUUGCCGUGAAUGCCGUUUCGCCAGCAUAACCGAGCAUGGGGCUGAUUCAACAGCGGGUUUGGGAUUUAGAGCUCCUGAACAUGCCCAAGACACAACAUCUCCUGAUGCCCCGUGGUGGCCGGGUUUACAUAAUGUCACUUGCAUAAGCCCAGCAAGGACAGUCAGGGUCUUUCUCCGUGCCAAAUUCAGGCUCUCUGGGGUUUUGUGUCACAUUCACGCUCUGUUUGAAAUUGCACUUUAGUUCAUCGCAAAUUCCAGUUCCUUCUACAUGAAGCGUGUGACCGCGGAGCCAGCAGCGCUACAAGGGCUGCCCCUUCAGCCUCACGUUCCCAUCCCCUCGCAAUCCCAGCAGCUUUUGGACUCCCAGCCCAAUCUGCUGGAUUAUUCGCAGAAACUCUUAUUUCCCCUCUCGCGGUUCCAUCCUGAACCUUUGCCAGGGUGACGGUCUCUCUUCUGCGGGAGAUUGUUCCUUUUCUGGAGAGUCCCAGAGGAGCCAAUCUGAUCUCGAGAGCACUGAGAUCGUCUUGGCAAAAAGGAGAGAGUGGCUUGUCUUUUUCCCUCCUGCAGAGUUUUCUCUCCAGGGUGAGUCCUCUUAAUUACCACAGGGUAAUUACUAAUGGAUGAAAUCCAAGCCCCUGCAGACUGUUGGGUCACCAGUCGGUGACUUCACUCUGGGCUGGGUUUCACCCACUCCUCAGUUCUGUGAAACAGACACCACAAAGCACAAGAGAUAAAGCAGAGGGGUUGGUUUGCUUCGGUUUGGGGUGUUUUUUUGUGUUGGUUUUGUUUGUUUAACUUGCACAACCCCAAAUUUUAGCACUGUUUGUAAGCAGAGCCAAAAGCUUCAGGAUCUUGAAAACUCUCUUGCCAAUGGUGGCAUUCGCAUUGGCAGAGGGACACUGGGGCAGGAUUUGUCCCUACCCAGAGCAGGUCGCUGAAACCAGACAAACACGUCCCAAAAAUGCCCAUUUCUCCCCCUCUGCAGCGACAGGGACGGCUUAGCCCAGGGGAGAAGUGUCCAAACCUCAUUGUCAUUUAUGGGAAAGCAUUUCCAUGGGUGAAAACAUCUCCAGCUCCUUCUCCAGUGGCUCGGGCUGGUGCCAGCGCCGGAUUUGGCAGAAGCAGCUCGUUUAUUCAGAAGGAAAAAUGCUGGAGCGUGAGCUCGUGGCGCUCAGGUCUUGUCUGGAGGAGACUGAUCUGCCUGUGAGAAACAACCCCACCAACAAUGACAUAUUAAUGCUUAAUAGAGCCGUGCUGGAUGAGGCAUGCACUGUAACCAUCCCACCCAUCACGGGGGAGUUAAUUGAAGCAAGGUGGACGCUGAGGGUUUGCCCAGCACAAUCGGUGCCGCCGGACCGCGGUCACUCCCCGCGGUCACCGUGCCGCGCCGGCCAGGGGAUUUGGUGCAAAGUAGCCAAUGAGGGGCCAUGCUGACUCCAAAUCCAGCUUCUUGCAAAGCCCCAGAUAAAGCAGACUACCAUUAAUAAGGCGAGAAAGGUUAGGACGAGAAGCAUUACAGCAAAUCUGGAGAGGUAAGGUGAUAGUUUUGUCUGAGGCUUGUAGAGCAUAUGGCCCCGGGUUUUGUGUGGGAAAUGCAGGAGCUUGGUUAGUCUGUAAGCGGGGUGUUAUUUGCAUGUCUGCAGAAGUAGAGGUUUAUUUGCUGGCGUUAAAAAAUUAGAUAGCUGGAGACACUCGAUAGUGCACUCAGGAAGAUAAACACAGAUUCUCAUAGCUUGCGUGCUCAUUACGGGUGAUAAAUAAGUUUCUUGCGAGUGAAGCUCUGAAAAAUCAUCAUAAUCUGCUGGCUAGUUUAAGGUUCUUGGUUUUGGAAUGGAGAUUUGCGGUCAGAAACUGUUAAGGAGUUUUCCACUUAUGGAGACAGAUUGUUAGAGGAUGCAAUUUUUCAAUGACUGCUCUUUGUCACUGCGCAGAUCCACAGACGGAAAUGGAAACAGAGCAAGUAAUUGAACUGAUGUAGUUAAAAACGAGGGAGAUGUAAAAAACUAAAGCUUGAUAAUGUAAAGCUGAGCAUAAGAGAGAGAUCUGUCGCUGCACAAAAAUUGGGACGAGCCUUUAAAACUGUUUAUGACGGCGUAGGCUGAAGCUUUUCCUAGACAGUGUUAAUCUCUUUUGCAAACCACCUUACAUCAAUGUGACAUGUCUGCACCCCAGCCCUGCCAUCCCCUGCUGUUCUGCCCUCUCCUUCCCAUUCCUGCUCCCCCUCCCUGCUAUUAGAAAAGAAACCAAGUGGCAGCUGUUGGAAAGUAUAGCCCAUUUGUUUUAUGAUGCCGCUUUGGGAAUAUGAUCCAGAUCCUAGAGAGAAAGCAACAGAGCAAAAGAGAAGAAGGGGGAGUUUGGAAGCUCUGGAAAAUAACUUGCUUAUUUUAAGUCUAGUAUAGAAAGUUAAAUCUUCAUAGCGAGGUUCAGGGAUAAAGCAGAACGACUACUAAAGGUGUUAGCUUGGGAAUCAAGGAGACUGCUGGUGUAAUCUCUCCAUGAAGGAGGUCGGGGACGGGCUGCACGAGCAGAUGAACUGCAUGAUGGGCGCCCUGCAGGAGCUGAAACUCCUCCAGGUGCAGACAGCUUUGGAGCAGUUGGACAUCUCGGGGAGCCGAGGCGCCAUUCCUGGCACUGGGCAGCACCGGUGCUGCCGAAGCGGCAGAGAUGAGCCCGGGGGCCGGCAGGACGAGGCAUCGCUGGAGGAGCACGGCCCCACGUCCCUCCUGUGUGCCGGGCCACGGCCGGUGGGUUCAUCCCAUCCCGCUGCGCUCUCCGAGCGCUCCCACCUUGGGGACACCCCGUCCUCCUUCAGGAGCUUCUGCAGUGAGGGUGUUUGUCACCCAAAAGGACAUUCCUCCGCUUCCAGAGUGGAGCACGUCCGCCCGAGGACACUGGAGCCCAGCAGCCAGGGCACGGCUGGGGGGUGGCUGUCGUGCCAGGAGUGCCCGGGGUGUGACGAUGGCCACGACUGGACAUCGUCCCUCAUGUCCCAGAGCAGGAAUCGGCAGCCGCUGGUCCUGGGGGAUAACAUCUUUGCAGACUUGGUUGGGAACUGGUUGGAUCUGCCCGAGCUGGAUAAGAAGGGGGAGAAGAGCGAGGGGUCCCUGUCCAUGAGCAGAUCCCAGGAGCUCUGCAGGAAGUUCUCCCUCACAGCCAACAUCUUCAAGAAGUUCCUGAGGAGCGUUCGGCCAGACCGAGACAGGCUCCUCAAGGAGAAACCUUGCUGGCUUCCUCCUGAAGACAAACAGCCCGAAAUUUCCAAGAGACCCAAAAAGAUGAACAAAUUCAAGGGGACAUUUUACUUCCCACUUCACGGGAACAUCCAGAGCCAUCACAGCAAAGCAGAGAGGUGCCCGAAGGUGGAAAGCAACAGCGACAAAACCAAACCUGGCACUAAGAAAGUCCAUGAGACCAUAGACUACACCCAGUCUGGAUUUGACAUCAAUACAGCUGUUUGGGUCUGAGUUUCUGUGUCCUCAGCUCUGUCGAGCAUCUCACACCAGAGAGGAGCUGGAGGCCGUAUCCUUCUUUUCAGGAGACCUCUAAGCUCUGGACUGAGGUGCAAGAUAUGUCGUGGGCUUCGGUCACCUGCCAGGAGCAUCUUCCACCUGGGGAGGCUUUAUAGGGACCGAUAUUUGCAAAAAUAAUCAGAAUCUUUAGCAGCUUUAGAGUUGCCACCAGCUCCUGGAGCCUGGUUUACAACAGCCGCUCCAGGCCCAUUGCGACAGCUGCAGCACAAAAUUCACUGUGUGCAUGUGUGUGUAUGAGUGUGCAAAUAUAUAGUUUUUUAAGAAAAAUCUAUUCCUGCUUGUGUGCACUUCAGCUGGGUUAAAAGCCAGGCAAUUCAAGUGUUGUACCUGAAGCACUUGUUAUUUAAAUUGAAAGAAAGAAGUUUGAAUUUAUAAGACUUGAACAAUUGCUAAGUGGGGGUGUUGAACCCCAACUUUGUUACAUUUCAGCUGUGGGGUUUUCCCCCUGAACUGCAUCUCCACCGUGCUCCCAGCAUCUCUCCUUCCCCCACCAGUUAAACCAGUAGGACAAAAGGCUCCUUUUGUAGAAGUUCCUGACCCUCAAGCUCUCAGCAGGUUUUGCUUCUCUCCCCACUGGUCGCACCAGAUACAAUGUCACAAAAACCCGUUGUUGAGGACGCACUGAGAUACAAAGUUGCAACAGACGUUUAUUGUUGUUUUCUCCCCUAUUGCUGUUGUGUACAAACUUUCUCUUGACAGAACCAAGUUCUUCAGUGUCCAGCACUCUGAGAGUUACCAAUAAAGUGGCAUCAGCCUCCACAGGCCAUGGGGCCGUCUCCAUG